GGUUAAAUAACUCGAAUGGCUGCAUCACACUAAAUAUACUCAAUAAAAAUACAUGGAAGCAUCCUUUGUUAAAUUUCUGUGAAUGCAUUAGGCGCUACGCCUAGCAUAUUACCCUACUCUCUUUAGGGACGAAUCCGCUGUCUCAAUCUCGAGGUUUGAUAUAUUUUGUUUUCAGAGGCCAGAGAGAAAAUAGCGCGUCAAGCGUGUGUUUGCAGCAUGCAUAGCAUUCUUUUUGAAUGAGGAGUUUUAUGGGUUAUGUAAUCUACUUCAUUAGAGAACGGGUAUCCGCUUGUUUUGACCCCAGGCAACUGUACAAUCCAGAUAGCAUAUUGAGUCGUUUUUAUGAGGAGUUUUUUUCCGCGAAUACGAAGCCCGAAUAAGUGAAAAUGUAAUCAGGUCAAGGAGGAUGUUGUGUGGGUUACGUUUUAUUGUAAUAGUCUCAAUUUUUUCUCAUGAUCCUUUUAUGCUUGUAUCCUUCGACAUUUUCAAUAGUAGUACAGUUAUUUUCGGGUCUUUAUACACCUAAUAUUCUCUGACAGGAAAUAUUUCUCCUAGGGGAUAAUCAAGAAUCUAAGAGGUAUACUAUUUCUGAGAAGCAAUAGCUAGUAGGGAUGUUUCGUCGUGCCGCCUAUCUGCUACACCUUACGACCGUCAUUUCGAAAACCUCAUAUGUGUCUAUCUUUCCGAUUCAUCUAGAUCCACCUACGCUACAGCAUCGUGAAAUCUUUAAGCUGCUUCUUGGAACGCAGGAAGAGUCCACGAAGGAGCACAACAUUCCUGAAACUUAUGCAUCCUCAUCCAAGGAAACACUUACAGGAUUGGAAGAUGGACUAAAAUCGUCUUCAGAAGAUAAAUCGGCCUUUGGACGCCCAUCUUCACAUUCCACUUCGCAAGAUUCAUGUCGGAAUUCGCUUGACAUGGAUUCACCUCAACAAGAGCGAAUGCAGCGACAUCAACGCCCCUCCCGCUCCCUAGUGCUUCCGAAGUAUGAGUACAUGGAGCCGUUUGCUAGGAGUAUACAAAAUCAUAGUCAGUUGGCCCCUUUCGAGGAUAUUAUUUUAGUUCCUAACACACGUUACCCCAUUAGUCUUUCACAGUCUACGAAUCUUGCUGCCCUGACGGUGUUAGCAGUCCGCGGUCUACCACAUGUCCACGUCGACUUCACUGCCCUUGAGCAUCCGGACGCCAGUAUGCCUAUUAUUUAUGAACUAACGCAGCGCUACCCGAAUUGUGUGCUCGUACACUGGUUGCACGACGCCUACGAAAUGCAACGUUGGAAAAACUUUAAUAUCAUUAAGCAACAAGUGCCAAUGAUGCUCCUGAAAACGAUCAGUCUGCCGGUUUCAAUGUUUCCAAAACGACCGUAUUCAUCACCUAAGGACUACAGUAACGGCGAUUGGACUGCGGGCUACGAUGACGGCGCUAGAGAUGAUAUACGGGGGAGACAAUUUCCAGACCCUGACUCACCACCUCCUGACGAGAGCUCCACCAUGGGUCAUGAGCAUAAAGCCAGCAGUGUAUGUGAAGAUCUGAGCAAAACCAAACUCCAGCUUGAGGGAGACAACACCUUAGCUACCUACUUGAAGGAUUCUAAAGUCCUUCUGGAUCCAAAUGUUAAAGGGAACCAACCCACGACAGAUCAAAACUAUGCAAAUCAGAGAGAAUGGUGGAUGACCAGAGACAGCCACGGAGACGAUAAUAUCGAGGUUAGCAAGUCGUAUUACAACUCUGGGAGCUUUUCGUGGCUUGGUGCUACUCCUCAAACGAACCCGACGAUCGGCUGGGAUAGCAUCGAUGUGGUGGACGUCGACCCCCAUUACUACACUCAUGGCCCAUAUAUUUGCAAACACGGUGCCCUCAAAUGUGAAGCGAAUCCUUUGCAUCUGAUGAGGAACUCAAAAGGUUUGGAUACGUAUGAAGAUGGGAGAGUUAAGGCUGUGGUCGAAGCAAAGGAUAUUCUUGUCUCAUCGGAUGGCUUUGUCAAAAUCGUUCAUGAAGAUUGCAAAAUAAACAACAGAGAUGCUCCCUGUAAUGUGGUUUCUGACAGUAAGAAAGCACACAACGAAAAAGCUACGGAUAUCAAGACGGAGCAGCUCGGCAUAAAUGAUUUGGAGUCCAUUCUUCUUAAAAUACCUUCUACACCGUUAACUUCUUCGCCUCCGACGCUUUCGGCGCAUAAGGAGCUAGCUCAGGUAAAGCAUGAGCUUCGAAACAUAUUCUCCGCUGUCGUGCUUCCAUCUUCGCCAGAAACAUUUCAACCGCACGAGGAAUCGAAUUCUACAAAAGUUUGUGAUAUACAUAACUUCCAUAAUACAUUUUAUACAGAAAAUGAAGGACCUCGACACAUGGAAACCUAUGGGAGGGGUACACGUAGGGAUAACAGGAUCAGUGGGCAUCAUAAAAUACCAGAGCAUUUGCGUCUUGUUCCUUUUCAGAAUGCGCAACGUAAUGUGCGUGAGCUGUUAGAAGAGCUAUAUCAGCCACUAAACUAUCACCAGAACCAUAACCACACCAUGGUUACCUGUCAUACUAACCUUUCCAAGGACAACUCCCUAGUGCAAGGGUAUCCCUUCACCGAUUCGGAAAGGAGUGGUUUGUCCCAGAUGGACCAUGCGCAGGUGUCUGGGAAGUCUACGAGUAGCUCAAUUAACAUGGGUAGGGAUGCCAGCACUGGUUGUGGACAUGGUGCCACUUCUUCCAAUGUGGAGUCCAGAAGGUUGCCCGUGGUUGAGGUGCACUCAGUCAUCCGGACUACCGGUGCCGAUGUCCGCCAAGCUUUAUGGGAGCAAGAAAUCGAUCCCAUUCACAUUCUUUCAGAUUGCGUUUUGCGGUAUAUAGAUAGCUACAUGUUGUACAGAGAUUCACGCAAAGUUAAGACGAACGUUGAUCUCAGGCAGUAUCAGCCAGGGCUCCGAUCCCCUGGUUUUCUUGGUGCCUCCCCUGCCGCCAGGUCCACGCACAUGGGCAGCGGUGAUGUAAGCUCAGUUGGUGGUGCUAGACGACUCCCACUAUCUAAAACUGGUGGUUGUAUGCACUCCUCACACCGCAAUAUCACAAGAGUCUUCUUUGAGAGUAUAAUACCACGCCUAGAGCUACACUACGACAAGAAUAACCCGAUAGCCCGUGAAAAAUUUGAGGCGCUAAAGGUUUUCCAAGUUCUCAAGGGCGAAGAGCCGGAUUUGAUUGUGCCUGUUGGCGGUGACGGCUAUAUGAUGCACUGCAUUCGAAAAAAUUGGCGGCGAUUUAUUCCCUUUUACGGUGUUAAUGCCGGCCACGUUGGGUAUCUCCUCAACGACUGUUCCGCCCUUGAAGACCUUUUUUUGUGUCCCUUAAUGAUGAACAGCACUAAUAUGCUUUACUGUCAAGCCGAGAAGGAGACAAAAAAGUCGGAGCGCGUGUUACUUUCAGAAAUGGCCUUCAACGACGCUUGGGUUGAGCGCUCAUCUGGACAGUCUGCCUUUAUUCGUAUCCUGGUGAAUGGUGAAGAGCGGAUCAAGGGGCUGCGUGCGGAUGGUGUACUAGUCUCCACGGCAGCGGGGAGCACCGCCUAUAGUCGCGCGGUUGGGGCCUCCCCAAUUCCCGUUGGUGUACCAUUGAUUCAGGUGGUGGGUAGCAACGUUGUGUCACCCUCGCAUUGGCAACCUGUUCACUUGAAUCAAGAAGAUGUUGUCGAGUUUGAGGUGCUUGAUCAUGUCAAGCGCCCAUGUCGUUGUUUUGUGGAUGCUGUGAAUUUGGGCAACAUACUCCGUAUGCAGGUACGCUCCAGUCGGGUUGCUGGAGUGACACUUGCUUUCUCGAAUAGCUGUGAUCUGCAACAAAAGCUCUUCCAAAUGCAAUUCCCCAAAAUGGACUAA